CAACUUUGUCCGCAUGAAAAAUAUAAUCACUUAGAUAUUCUGUACCUUAUAUAUUUAGAGCCAUGUCUUAUGUAUAUUCCAGCUCGAUCACAUACCGACGGUCAAAGCAGCCUCUCUAUACCAGUUGACUUAUUAUUGCACUUUGAAGUCAGAGCUUCGCUAUGGCAGUAACUAAACUCCUAAUCACUGGCGCCACCGGAUAUAUUGGAGGCUCCGUCCUGACAACCUUACUUGCAUCCACGCACCCUGAGAUCAGGGGAAUUAGCAUAUCAGCCCUAGUCCGCAAGCAGGAGCAAGCAGCUAUCCUGAAGGAGAAAGGUGUCAACGGUGUCGUUUUCAGUGGCCUUGACGAUACGGACUUUGUAAGAAAGGUCGCCAGCGACCACGACUUCGUCAUAAAUACCGCCAGCGCAUUCCACUUUCAGGCGGCCGAGGCUAUAAUUCUCGGCCUUGCAGACCGCAAGAAGCAGACAGGCAAGGAUGUGUAUCUGAUACAUACCUCCGGUACAUCGAGUCUCGGUGAUUUUCCAAUCACUGGCUCUUAUACCGAGACGCGAGUCUUGUCCGAUAAGGACAAUAUCUACGCCUACCAACGCUACCGCGAGGAUUUAGAGCCCUACCAGCAGCGAACCACCGACCUUGUCGUCUUCGAAAAGGGUGAGGCUGCUGGCAUCAAAACUUAUAUUCUCAUGUCACCAACUAUUUACGGCUUGGGGAGUGGGUUAUUUAAUCGCAUCUCUAUCCAGAUCGAUGCUAUAAUGCGCGCUGCCCGUCGUGAUGGUUUCACAUCUGUCAUUGGUUCCGGUGCAGCCGAGUGGGAUCAUGUCCACAUCGAAGACUUGGUCCAGCUAUACGAGUUAGUGUUCGCUCGUCUGCUUGCUGGGGACGACCUACCAUCCAACAAAACGGGAAUAUAUUUUAACGAGACCGGACACCACUCCUGGCGUUAUGUAUCGGAGCGCAUCUCAAGGGAGGGAAAAGCAUUAGGGUAUCUAGCAUCUGAUGAGGUGCGUGAGGUUUCACUUGAGGAGUGGAUUACUAGAUCUGGAAAAGCCCUAUCACCCCGUACGGUGGAAUUGGGCUUUGCGUCACGGUCGCGGACCCGGGCGGAUUUAGCCCGCGAGAUUGGAUGGAAGCCGACGAAGACAAGGAAGGACUUCGAAGAUAGUUUCAUCGAUGAAUGGAAGGUGAUUGCAAAGGAAGGAUAAGGGGGCCACCUGUAUUUCUGACAGAAAAGUUCUUUGAUAGGCGGGCCAAUACCCGGGUCUGCAUGGCAUCCCAUCGAAAGGAGACUAGGAUCGCUAAUCUCGCAAAUCUCUACAGUUAUAAAAGAAAAAGAAAAAUAAAUGAUCAUUUACCUUCUCUUUUACAGAC